UUUGAUCAUGUGAUCGGCAUAGAUCAGAGGUAAACAAAUCAAGGCGGUACUCGGUGUUUUAACCGUAUCCCCCGCUAAGUACUAAUGUUUAUGAAGAAAAACAUUAGGACAGUUUGACCUAGAGACUAUGGAAUUUUCACUUAGAAAUUGGAUUGGACUUUUCCUCCUUGGGUCAAUCAAUAACUUACCCUAUGUCAUAGUCACCUCUGCUGCAAAAACCAUUGCUGACAGCUUUGACAAAAGAAAUGAUGUGGGGGUGGUGUUUGGUGCCAAUGUAGCUCUGUCUGUCAUUGUCAAAGCAAUCAAUGGCCUGUUUUUACUAAAAGUGCCAUAUUGGAUCAGAUAUGUAGUGAAUGCAGGGUUAAUGGUUAUAGGCUUGAUUGGAGUUGCCUUUGCUUUUGAUUUCUGGUUUGCAAUUGUCUGCAUUGUAGUGGUGGGUUCCUCAGCAGCCUUUGGUGAAAACGUAGCCCUGGGAUAUUUACGUCUUUUUCCCAGUAAAAGUGUUAAUGCCUGGUCCAGUGGGACAGGCAUGGCGGGAAUAUUAGGUUCUGCUAUUUACAUUAUCUUUGGUUGUUCGAUAGGAGAAAGCAAUAAAACUUCACAAUUGAAAACAUUAACAAAGUACGCCUUCCUAUUGACGUUACCAUUUGUAGCCGUGUAUCUCAUCGCGUAUUUCUUCAUCAUCAAAGCUCCUAAAGAAGACGACACUAUUCACCGAAGAAAUGUUCAAGACCGUUUAGAUGAAGAAAAGAAGCCAAUUUUGCAAGAUUCGGAUUCUGAAAGCACAGUAAUCCGUGUCCCAAAGGAAUCCCUCUGUAGAAGACUUCAGAGAUGCUGGGGACUUGUCUGGUGGUUGUCUGUAAAUUUAUGUGCAGUCUAUUUGUUUGAGUAUGUUGCACAAGGUUGUGCUGCAAAAGUACGACCGAAAUCCGAAUAUAACAAAGGAUGCCCAGAACUUUUUGCCGCCCUCUCGUUUUGCUAUCAAUCAGGGGUAUUUGUGUCCAGGUCAUCUGUGCAAUUAUUUCAAAUCAGAAGAGUGGAAAUACUUUCAUUUUUACAACUUCUUAAUAUGAUUUUAUGGAUAAUUGAUGUUCAUUAUAAAUUCAUACCCGUCUAUCUUUUACCGGCGUUGAUGAUCUAUGUGGGCCUUUUGGGUGGGGCCUCCUAUGUCAACAUAUUUUAUCUACUGCUGCAUGAGGAUAAAUACCCAGAAGAAGACAGGGAAUUCUGUAUAAACAUUACAUCACUCUUCAUUACUGGAGGGAUAGUUUUAGGAACCGGAUUAGAAACUGCUCUUUUCAACACUGUGCUGAAAAGUGAUUAGCAAAGAUCAGACUUUUUUUUCUCCAAUAUGACUUUGGACAUAAAGCAAAUUCUAUAGAUUUGACAUUUGUGUACACAAUGUGGUGCUAUUGAAACAAUACUCAUCCUUCAUUUCAUAAAAUUAUUUUUCAAGUUAAAUUUCAUUUACUUUUAAUAGAAUUGAGAUUUUUAUACAUAGUUAUAUUUUUUUCUUGUAUCAAUAACUUUCAGUAGUUUUUUUAAAAAAUACUUAAACCAUGCUAUAUGUGCCAAUGUUUGUAA